AUGCCAUCAUACAAAGAACUUCGUGCUCAGGGUCUCCAAGCCAACCUUGCAGCAUAUCCUCUCCCUGCGCGCAAUUCAGCAGGUGAAAGUGUUUACAUCUACCAAAGAGUCAAGUGGACUGGAAACUUUCUUGACGCCGAACUCGAGCACAUUGAAGUGCCUGCACACAACUGUCCCUCGUUUACCACCACCACUCAGCCUGAGCGUCUCGCCCCGGAAGACAGAGAUGAAAAGGGGCUGUUCCCAGCCAGGCCUGAGAACCUCCCUGGCAGACCUCAGCGCCCCUCAGAAGACACGGUCCGCGAAAGGGCCUUCAGCAAGCUCAUCACCACCGAAAGAUCUCUCACAGUCGACGAAAAGAUGGCUCGGGACAGCCAAUACCUUGUCGAGCUACAGAAAUGGAGAUCAUGGGCCUCGAGAAUGCCUGAGGAAUGGAACCUCCUGGAUCCGGCCGAGUACAAGCAGCUCAACAGCAUGAUGCCCACAGCUUCGGAGUCGCAGGUCUACAAGCCCAACAUGGACAAUGACACCCAAAUCUUCUGGGUCUUCCUCCUGUUUGGCGUUAUCUCUUACCUCUGUGGCGCGCCAGUGGGUCAACUUGUCGCCCUCGCCCUUCUCGCAAUCGCAGUCGUCCAGAUCAAUCACCAGAACAGCCUGAACCCCAUUGCUUUGUUCAAUUUUGCUGUUCUGAAUCCUAUCAGCGUUAUGUAUCUCCUCGGAUACUGGAUUUUGAGGAUGAUCGGCGUCGUAGUGCUCGUCAUCUCAUCAGCCGUGACUUCCAUCCUCUGGCUCUUCGAUCAAGUGGCUACCUCCUCCGCAGGCGCCAAUUCCGGCUCUCGUACUGCUUUCUGCAAUACUGUCCCUACCCUCCGCGCAUCGACAACUCUGACCGGGCACAGCGGUGUCACCUACGCUGACCCGCUGUCGACCCCGCAGUCAGUCAGCAUAGAGUCUCUCCCUGAAAGCCUUCGCCCGAAGCCACUCAUCGAGAACUUUGGCACACUGAUCCGAGGUCCCUUGAGCAAGGAUUUUGGUGCUCGCCGUACCCCAGAUGGCCUGCACACUGUCCAACCCUCUUUCUUCACUACUCCACCGAGGCCGACCUUUACUUGA